AUGGGGGCUGUUGCUCCCGGCGGUGCACCACCACCACCGCCGCCUAGCGGCGGCGGCAAUCGCAAACUCUUUACCGACCGUCCAAUCGACCCUCUUACCGACGAGAAGCCCGAGGCAUGCGACUCGUGUUACAAGAAGAAGUCAUACAUCGAGUUCAUGGGUGUGAGGAAGAAGGACACUUACUCUGCUCGCAACAAGCAAGCGCAGCUGAAUCGUCUCUUGAAUCACCAGGAUCCUCCUCUGCCAGACAAGGACGACCCUAACAUCCCAGAACUUCUUCGCGAGAUGCCGGCUCUCAACGACACCGAUGAAGCGCUACGCCAGGAGUUUGCUGCUAAUGUCUACGCUAAUAACUAG